AUGGAAACAAUUGAUAUACAAAAUCGAUCAUUUGUUGUUCGUUGGGUAAAAUGUGGCCGUGGCGAUGUAAUCAAUUAUCAGAUCAAGCCAUUGAAGAAAUCUAUUGAAGUCGGCAUAUACAAAAAGUUGAAAUCCAGUGUAGAUGACCAUGCUUCCGCAGUUCACAUUGCACCUGACACUAAAACAUUGCUAGACUAUACUACGAAAUCUCUAUUACAUAAGGGAAGUUCGAGUAAUAUUGAGGAGCAUCACAGGCGUUCCUCACAGCACUCUCAUAGUUCGAGCAAUGGAUCGGAUAAUAAGAGGAAAGAGAGAUCAUAUUCUUCACUGUCCAUUAGCGGCAUACAGCAGCAAUCCCAGGAAAUACCCCUACGUGAAAAACUCUCUGCGUCAGGAUUCACUUUGGUCAAGAGGGUCGGCAACGUUUCCGGUAACACUAUGGUCCAAGGUGAUCUUGAAGUGAAAGAUACAGACUACUAUUAUGCAUUUAUACUGGACAACUCGUCUUCCAAGAAUGCAAAAAAGAAAAUUCUUUUUAACGCAAGUGUGAUAAACGGCGAUAAUCAAUCGAUGAUAAGCACAAGAUCCACCCCUCCCGCAAGGCCUACAGCUUUAAGCAGAACAUCUACUCAACAGGAUAUGUUAUUUAGAGUAGGACAAGGUCGUUACUUGCAAGGCUACCUGCUGAAAAAAAGGAGAAAGAGACUACAAGGUUUUAAGAAAAGGUUUUUCACCUUGGACUUUCGAUAUGGAACCCUAUCGUACUAUUUAAACGACCAUAAUCAAACUUGUAGGGGUGAAAUUGUCAUAAGCUUGUCAUCUGUUAGUGCCAAUAAGAAGGACAAAAUAAUCAUAAUUGAUUCUGGUAUGGAAGUUUGGGUCUUGAAGGCUACAACUAAGGAAAAUUGGCAGUCGUGGGUCGAUGCGUUACAAACUUGUUUUGACGAUCAGUUCGAAGAUAAGGACACGUCCACUUUGGAAGAAAAUCCCGACAUUCUUGACGAUGACAAGGAAGUAAUUAAUAAAAGCUCACCUCAAGACCACGACCACCUCACGCCCACGGCUACGACCAAAAGUGCACUAUCACAUAGACAGCAUACUCAGAAAGACAUGGAUGACAUAUAUGUCCCAUUGCCCAGCGAAUCUUACGCUACUUUCUCCAUGAAUCUACGUUUGAUUCAACAACGACUGGAGCAGUGUAAAAAAGACUCGUUAUCUUAUAAACCAACUACUUUACAUCAAAGAUCGGAGGGGCUAAAUGGAACACAUUCGUCAUCUUCCGUCUUUACCAAUAAUAGAGUGUCUUCAUUCAAUCAUUCUUCUUCUGGUAUGACGUCAUCUGAUUCUUUAGCCUCUGAAGAGGUUCCUUCCAACAAAACAUAUAUUGAGCAUGCUUUAUAUAACCAAUUGGCAGAUCUUGAAGUAUUUGUUAGCCGGUUCGUUACACAGGGAGAGGUUUUAUUCAAGGACCACCAGAUCCUGUGCAAGAAAGCAAAAGACACGAGAGUUUCUUUAACUUCAUAUCUUAGCGAGAAUGAUGAAUUUUUUGAUGCAGAAGAGGAAAUCAGUCGGGGAGUCAUUAUAUUACCUGACACAGAAGAUGAUAUUAAUAAUAUAGUCGAGGAAACUCCCCUUCUUGGUAAAAGUGACCAAAAUGAGUUCACAAAAGAGGUCCAAUUGUCGGGAUCCGAACAGAUAGCUUCAUCAAGUGUGGAGAGCUAUACAACUAACGAUGAAAAUCAUAGCCGUAAACACCUCAAAAAUCGUCACAAAAAUCGUCGCCGUGGCCACCCUCAUCAUCAAAAAACCAAAAGCGCCCAAUCCUCAACAGAAACAUUUACAAGUAAGGAUUUGUUUGCUCUUUCCUAUCCAAAGAGUGUUACACGCCGUAAUGACAUACCUGAAGCUGCAGCUUCUCCGCCAAGCCUAUUAUCUUUUUUGAGAAAGAAUGUAGGCAAAGAUCUGAGCUCUAUUGCCAUGCCAGUAACCUCAAAUGAGCCUAUUUCUAUUUUGCAGUUGAUAUCAGAAACAUUUGAGUAUGCUCCACUUUUAACGAAGGCUACCCAACGUCCUGAUCCUAUAACCUUUGUUUCUGCAUUUGCUAUUUCCUUUCUUUCCAUAUAUAGGGAUAAAACAAGAACGCUAAGAAAGCCUUUUAAUCCUUUACUGGCUGAAACAUUUGAACUUAUACGAGAAGAUAUGGGGUUUAGGCUUAUAUCGGAAAAGGUCUCACAUCGUCCUCCAGUAUUUGCCUUCUUUGCAGAGCAUCUCGACUGGGAGUGUAGUUACACUGUAACGCCAUCGCAAAAGUUUUGGGGUAAGUCUAUUGAAUUGAAUAACGAAGGUAUACUGAGAUUGAAGUUUAAGACAACUGGAGAACUAUUUGAAUGGACGCAACCAACAACUAUUUUAAAAAAUUUGAUAGCGGGUGAGAGAUAUAUGGAGCCUGUCAACGAAUUCGAAGUACAUUCUUCGAAGGGAGACAAAUCACACAUCCUGUUCGAUAAGGCAGGUAUGUUUAGUGGAAGAUCUGAAGGAUUUAAGGUUUCGAUAAUCCCACCACCUUCGAGCAAUCGCAAGAAGGAAACUCUAGCUGGUAAAUGGACACAGAGUUUAGCUAAUGAAACUACACAUGAAACUAUAUGGGAAGUAGGUGAUUUAGUUAGCAAUCCGAAGAAGAAAUAUGGCUUUACUAAAUUCACCGCAAAUUUGAAUGAGAUAACUGAAAUUGAAAAGGGCAAUUUACCACCUACGGACUCAAGAUUAAGACCAGAUAUUAGAGCUUACGAGGAGGGAAAUGUUGAUAAGGCGGAAGAGUGGAAGCUGAAAUUGGAACAACUUCAACGUGAAAGACGUAAUAAAGGGCAAGAUGUGGAGCCUAAAUAUUUCGAAAAAGUAUCUAAGAAUGAAUGGAAAUACAUAACUGGACCGAAGAGUUAUUGGGAAAGAAGAAAGAAGCAUGAUUGGUCUGAUAUUUCUCAACUCUGGUGA